AUGCGUGCACUGGUGGUUUUGCUGCCGUUGCUGUUGUGUGCAGUGGUGGGUGUGAGCCAGGUGAGAGCCGAGGUGAAGGCGGUGAAGCUGUGUGGCCGCGAGUUCCUGAGGGCCGUCGUCUACACCUGUGGAGGCUCCCGCUGGAGGAGGCUGCUCAGUGAGCCGGACAUGGAUGGUGUGUCCACAGGAGAGCAGGGCAGCUUGGAGAGCCUGAGCAGCAGCCUGGGUUCUGAGCUGGCCAGACGAGACAUUAACAACAUACUGACCACCGUGUGCUGCCAGGUGGGCUGCAGGAAGAGUGACCUUGCCUUCCUCUGCUGA